UUAUAUAUAUAAUUAUAUAUAUAAAUUAAAUGUUUUAUAUUUAGAAAACAUGCCAACAAAGAAAUAGAUACUCGAGGUAGAUCUGUGAAGACUAACAAAAAUGACGAUACCCAAUGUGAUAUGUGUGGACAAACAUUUGAUUCAAUUACUGCAACAAUACGACAUAGAUUUAAAGUACAUCCUAAUUCACCAACAAAAUUUUAUUGUCAUUAUUGUGGGAUGCAAUUUCCUGUAAAAACACACAGAGAUAAUCAUCAAACAUCGCAUGAUUCAUCUGAAAGUGAAAGGAAAGAACAACAUAAAAAAUGCGAAGACUGUGAUGUAUUGUUUUAUAAUGAAAAAGCUUUAGAUUAUCAUUAUCGUUCUAUACAUAAAAGAAUGGUACAUUUGUUUCAACCAAUAGCAACACCACCUCCUAGCAAUAAAAUUAAAUUGAAUUCAAUGAAUGAUGCUUUAAGUGUAUAUUACUGUCAUUUGUGUGGUGUUGAAUAUAUCAUAAAAUUCAAUUUACAGCGUCAUUUGGAAAGAGCACAUACUCAAGAAGAAAGGGAAGCUGUUCCAGAAGAUUUAAUAAAAUGUACAGUAUGUGCUGCUUUAUUUUGUAGCAAAAAAGCAUAUGAAGUACAUAAUAAUUAUCAUCAAUCAGAUGAUUUAUAUGUAACAUCAGAGGAACAAAGAUUACAAACAGUAACUAAAGUAGACCAAGAUUUUGAUAUUAGGCGUGUUGAAGGAGUUGCUGAUAAAUAUGUCCCAAAAACUAAUACUUCCAAAAGAUCUGCUAAAAAUUGGACAAAGCCUAAAAGAACACAGAAAGUAAAAGUAAAACAAAAAGAUUAUUCUUCUUCAGAUGAUGAACCUGGUGCUAUUAAUGAAUCCAGUGAUUCAGAAAGUGAUCUUCCAUUAAAACAAAGAAUUUGCAGCUAACGGAGGUCUUUUAUUGUUUAUAAAAUAUUUCUAUGUUUAUACUUUUUAAAUAUUAAAAUUAUAUCAAAAUGAUUGUCAUUGUAAAAUUAUCACGUAAAUUUUAUUUUUAACUUCUAUGCAAACAUAAUGUGAUUGUAGAUUAUAAUCUCUGUAUUAGUAUUUUUUAUAUUAAUAUAUAUACAUAUUUUUUUGUUUAUUUAA